UGUGCGUCACCUGUUCUGAAGGCGAUGUUGCGGGUAUUCAGCAGAAGACGCACCUCCUUAUUCAUCCAUGGCUUCUGAUUUGGUGCAUCCUAAAAUGAGUAUGAGGAUCUCAUGUAACGAGAGCAUCCAUCCUGAAAAUGCCUCCUGGGUGAACCAGUAUGUAGGUGAUGUUGGGUUUCAGGUGAACAUGACACACCCUGCUGUCAGCACAGAGCAGAGGCUCCUUAUUAAAGGAACACACUCACUACAUGUCUUACACACUGCAGUCACGCCAGGAAGCAAUUUCCCAGAAUUCACUGCUUUCAAUUUGGUGGAUGGAGAGCAGACUGACUACUAUGACAGCAACCUGAGGCAGCUGAUUCCAAGGGCAGAGUGGAUUAAGGAGAUUGAUGCUGAUGAUCCAGAUUACUGGAAGGAAAACACUGAGAUUCUGCAGGGUGUUGAGGAGACCUUCAAAGUCAGUGUUCUCACAGGAAUGGAGAUCUUCAAUCACACUAAAGGAGUUCACACAUGGCAGAACACAUACGGCUGUGAGUUUGAUGAUGACGACACUAUUAGAGGAUAUGAUGACUACAGUUAUGAUGGAGAAGAUUUCCUCACUUUUGAUCUAAAAACUGGAACCUACACUGCAGUAAAUGAGCUGGCUAUAUAUACAAAACAUGAUUGGGAGACUUCAGGUUUCGCCAGUUACACAAAGAACUACCUGGAGAAUGACUGUAUUGCUUGGCUAAAGCAGUUACUGUCGUACGGCAGAGAGACUCUGGAGAGGAAAGAUCGUCCUGAGGUGUCCGUGUUCCACAGGAGCUCCAAUUCUUCAGAGCUGGUGUGUCACGCUACAGGUUACUUCCCCAGAGGACUGAUGAUGUUCUGGGAGAAGGACGGAAAGGAACUUCUUGAGGAUGUGGAAAUCAGAGCAACAGUACCAAACCAGGAUGGAAGCUUCCAGAAGAGAGCCGUUCUGAGAGUCUCACCUGAGGAGCUGAAGGAACGUGAAUACACCUGUGUGGUUCAGCACAGCAGCCUGGAGAAGGACUUAGUGCUUAAAGCUCCAGGUAGGAGAACCACCUUCUGUUCUGGUUCAGGUUCUGUAGAUCCAGAUGGAGGAUCUCUUGGUGCUGGAGCGAUCGUUGGUAUAGUCUUGGCUGUACUUGCUGGUGUUGCUGUUGUUGUUGCUGCUGGAGUUCUGAUCUGGAAGAAGAAGAAUAAGACAGAGGUGCAGAUGGAGGCUGACUACUACGACAGUAACAUCAGGAAGGUGAUCCCAAAGACGGAGUGGAUAAAGAAGGUUGAUGCAGAUGAUCCAGAUUACUGGAACAAAGAGACUCAGAUUCUUCAGGGUAAUGAGGAGAUCAGCAAAGUCGACAUACUUACACUGAUGGAGCGCUUCAAUCAGACUGAAGGAGUUCAUGUACUGCAGAACAUGUACGGCUGUGAGUUUGAUGAUGACGACACUAUGAGAGAGUACGAUGAGCACAGUUAUGAUGGAGAAGAUUUGAUCAGCUUUGAUCUGAAAACUGGAACCUUCAUUGCCACAGAUGAGCAGACGAUAAAUACUAAACAUAAUUGGGAAGCUUUCGGUUAUGCUGAUUAUACGAAGUUCUACCUAGCGAAAGAUUGUAUCUCUUGGUUAAAGACGUUAUUAUCGUACGGCAGAGAGACUCUGGAGAGGAAAGAUCGUCCUGAGGUGUCCGUGUUCCACAAGAACUUCCCUCAACCAGAGCUGGUGUGUCAUGCUACAGGUUACUUCCCCAGAGGACUGAUGAUAUUCUGGGAGAAGGACGGAGAAGAACUGCAUGAGGACGUGGAGAUCAGAGAGACUGUACCCAACCCGGAUGGAACUUUCCAGAAGAGAGCUGUUCUGAGAGUCUCACGUGAGGAGCUGAAGGAACAUGAAUACACCUGUGUGGUUCAGCACAGCAGCCUGGAGAAGGACUUAGUGCUGCCAGUUCCAGGUUCUGUAGAUCAAGAUGAAGGAUCUCUUGGUGCUGGAGCGAUCGCUGGUAUAGUCUUGGCUGUUGUUGCUGGUGUUGCUGUUUUUGUUGCUGGAGUUCUGAUCUGGAAGAAGAAGAUGAAGCCUGCCACUAGAACCCGCAGCUCCUCCUUCACCUCUGGAAGCACCAACUCCAACACUUCUCAAGUUUCCUCUUCAUCAGAUGCUUUAGUGAAAGUUGUGAUUUUUCUCACUUUUUUUCCUCAUCGUUCAGCAGGUACUGACUCCAUGCAGUUCUUUGUCACUGCAGUCAGAGAAGUUAGUUUUCCAGAAUUCACUAUUAAUGGUUUCCUGGAUGAAGAGCAGAUUUUGUACUAUGACAGCAUCAUGAGGGAGCUGAUCCCAAAGAAGGAGUGGAUGAAGAAGGUUGAUGCUGAUGCUCCAGGAUUUUGGAGCACAUACACACAGACUGCUCAGGGUAUUCAGGCGGACUUUAAAAACCGUAUGGGUAUAAUAAUGCAGCUCGCUAACAGCACUGCUUCUAACGGAGUUCACACAUAUCAGAACAUAUUCAGCUGUGAGCUUGAUGAUGAUGGAACUACUAGGGGACAAUACAAGUAUGCUUAUGAUGGAGAAGAUUUCAUCAGUCUGGAUUUGAAAACAGUCACCUUCACUGCAACUAAUCCUAAAGCUGUUGGUACCAAACAAGACUGGGAAUCUAGAGGUUUAGCUAGUCUCUUCAAGAGCUACCUGGAGAAGGACUGCAUCAAGUGGUUAAAGAAUUUUGUAUCGUAUGGCAGGGAGACUCUAGAGAGGAAAGAUCCUCCUGAGGUGUCAGUGUUCCACGAGCACCUCCCUUCUCCAGAGGUGGUGUGUCACGCUACAGGUUUCUUCCCCAGUGGACUGGUGAUGUUCUGGCAGAAGGACGGAGAGGAACUGCAUGAGGACGUGGAGAUCAGAGAGACUCUACCAAACCAGGAUGGAACCUUCCAGAAGAGAGCUGUUCUGAGAGUCUCACCUGAGGAGCUGAAGGAACAUGAAUACACCUGUGUGGUUCAGCACAGCAGCCUGGAGAAGGACUUAGUGCUGCCAGUUCCAGAUGGAGGAUCUCUUGGUGCUGGAGCGAUUGUUGGUAUAGUCUUGGCUGUUUUUGCUGGUGUUGCUCUUGUUGUUGCUGUUGGAGUUCUGAUCUGGAAGAAGAAGAAGCCUACUGUUAGAACCCGCAGCUCCUCCUUCAUCUCUACAAGCACCAACUCCAACACUUCUGAAGUUUCCUCUUCAUCAGAGUGAUCACAGUCCUGCUGGUGGAGAUGAUUCUGUACAAAGGAAUUUUUCAUUGUUAAACUGUUACUGGUGUAAUAUAGGGUUUACUGGGGCAUUGUUACUGGUGAUAAUGCUGCUGCUGGUUUAGGUGAUACUGUGCUGUUUCCUUUCUAUAGAAAAGUCAUAACGAGACACUUUUCAUUCUUACUCAGAGAUUUCUAUUGUUCAGGAACCACAUUUAUUAAACUGAAUGUAGAAAACGAUAGCACACUAAAGUAAUGCAUACCAGUAGUUUUUUUUGUGCUCUUUUUGUAUUCUUUAAGGAACUAUGACUAAAACACUACCUGUUCCUUUACUAAUCAGAUCAAGGAAGUAAAAUCUGUGUGGAUUUGGUACAGUUGGAAAGUAUUCACUUACAUAUUUACUGUAUAUAAGCUUAAACACCCACAGUUAUAGCAGUGUGAUCAUGUGAUCUGAUAAUGUAAAAAUGUUAAAAUGUGAAUGUUUUUUUCGGCUACAGGCAGGGAUGGACUGGUUUUGCCAGGGUCGGGAGUUUUCCCGGUGGGCCGCUCUGUAUGUGGGCCGCUGAGA